AUGGACAUUCCCAUCAGCCCCAGAGACUUCCGCUGCCUGCAGCUGGCCUGUGUGGCCCUCGGCCUGGUGGCUGGUAGCAUCAUCAUCGGCGUCUCAGUGUCCAAGGCUGCCGCUGCUGUGGGUGGUGUCUUUCUUGGAGCUGCUGGUCUUGGGCUCCUCAUCUUCGCCUACCCUUUCCUGAAGGCUCGGUUUAACCUGGACCACAUCCUGCCUGCCAUAGGAAAUCUGCGAAUCCACCCUAACUCAGGACCAGACCAUGGAGAGGGAAGAUCCAGCAACACCAGCAAUAAAGAAGGGGCCCGUAGCAGCCUGUCCACUGUGACCAGAACCCUGGAGAAGCUGAAGCCUGGAGGUCGGGGAACUGAAGAGGGCUAAGCAUUGCCUCCUCUCCCAGUGCUCUCCCAGUACUUCUGUCUCAGGGCCCUCCUUCAAGCUAGAAGAUGCAUCGAUGAGCCCUGGGGAUUUUGGACCUACCCUCUCCUCCAGUGAGGCUCUUUCUAACAGAUCCCCUCACUCCCAGCAUCAUGGCAAGACCCACAGGCCUCCAGUGGUUCCAGUCUCUCCCCUGGCUCAUAGCUCUGUUCCAUGUUUGAUCUCCUGUUGGAAUUUGUCCCAGGGCCCUGAUGUACCUCAGUCAUAGAAGCUGACCACAGAAGCCACAGAUGGGGGGUCCUACUGAGGCUGUCAUGUCCAUGUCUGGAGAGGUGACUUUCCAGCUGGCUAGGUAACUUUCCAGCUAAGCCAGCGUUGAGACUGUUGCUUUUGGACUUCUCCUGGCUCCAGACAAGCCCCUGGCAUCUCCUAUUCUUCCCACUCCUCUUUGCAAGAAGGGUUCUCCUUGCUCCCUCCAAAAGGCCAUCUCGGCAUCCCAGAGCUGCAGGUCCCCCUGUCCUGUUCUAGCAGCCUGUGUCCUCUCUCUUGGAACCUCCAGGAAAGUUUGAAUUCUUCUUCACAAAAACAAUUGCUUGGUUUUCUGUUUUAAGACAGGAUCUCAUAGCCUAGGCUGAUCUUAUGUGCCCAAUCAUGCCUAGCUAAAGUUAGCAAUUCUAUUUGUUUUCUAUUCUGCAUACUGAACCCAGACUUUUGUACACACUAGGCAAUCACUCUGCUCAGUGAUAUCCCUAGAUCUCACAAAAACAGCUCUCAAGCCUACCUAAAUAUGAUGAAUGAUGCUUUUGCCCCUAGUCCCUAGCACCAGGCAGGGCACACAGUGGAUGUUCAGCAAAGGCUAGUGGCUUAAAUUAAGUUGAAAAAAAGAGUACCCCCUAGGCUUUCCUGGAGAGCUAUGUUACGGCAUCUCCACAAUAAGGUUUGAGCCAGGGAGGCUCAGGCACACGCCCUGGCAGAAGGCUGCUCCAAUCCACAUCCAGGAAGACAAUAUUCAGUCUCUGCAGACACAUGCUUCUUGUCCUGCUCUGAAGAGAAGACAAACUAGACUAGUUUUAUUCUUGUAGGGCCUAUGCGAAUGAGUCCUCUCAGAAGCCUUCUCUGAAACUGCCCCAAUAGCUCCAAGGGCAGCUGAUCACUUGAGUGGCUCUGGUCUGUUUCUCCAUGUUCAACAGAGAGUCAGGCACACAGAAGACAUCUUGUGGAUGUUGGAAAAAUGGUGACAUGGGAGAACCCGUCUGGGACAGAUGAAAAGGCUGAGAGAGAUAGCUCAGGAUCAAGGACUCAGCAAGUGUCCCAGAAAAAGUGAUGGAGUCAAGCCUUGCUACCAGGCCCCCUCUCCUUUGCAGAGCCACAGAGCUCAGCCCCACAUCCACAAAUGCUGGUAAGCUGGGUGCUCCAGCUCUCUCUCCACCACCCUUUUGUCUGCAAUUUGUCACUUCUUCCUUCUCCUCAGCACCAUCACCUCUCAAGCUCUUCCUUGAUGUAUGAGAAACCCCUUCUUCAGUCUUCGCCUCUGUGCUCCAAAGAGAUGCCCAGAGGUGAAGGGUGGGAAUUGGGGCUACAAAUCUAAGCUGAGGAGAAGAAGGUUCCCCUCUAUUUGACCCUGUCAGAACGGGUCUCCCUAAAAUAGGAUAUGGUAAGCCUGAUACCUGAGGGGCCAGGCACAGAGAAGUACUUAUGACUGUUGAGGAAUAGAUUAAAAAAUAUUCACAUGAAAAAACAAGAGCUGCAUGCACAGGAGAAGCUGGCAGAGCCUUGAGGUGAGCAGGAACUCUGGGGCCUGUCCCCUCCACUCCCCACUUUUCCCUGCUGUGGGCUUUCUGAAGCCUCCGUUCCUUCAGCACAGGUGGAGCUUCCCAUGCAGCUUCUCCUGGACCGCCCUGCUGUGAGCAGGCCCCUGUGAGGCUCACCUUCUCUCCUGGCCCUGUCGGAGAAGAGAGGAGGUGGGCGGAGCUAAGAGUAGUUUGGUGUGUAGCUCUUGGUUAGUACUUGAGCAGCAGCCACAGAGCCCUCAGCGCUUCAGCAUGGGUGUGGGAGUGGACAGUGGGAGCUCUUCCAGAAGUCGACUCAGAAAGGGAACUGGGUCUUUCCAGAAGUCUUAACACCUGGCCCUGGAUCAUGGCUGAGCCAGUGUGGAGACCAGAGCAGCACAGCAAAGCUGGAUAAGGCUUGAUCUAGGCAGGCCCCUGAAGUCAAGUCCUUACUGGCUCUAUCUGUAGGAAAACUGCUUCAGCUAAGGGAGUGAACCUGAGACUCCCAUCUUGGUCCGGAGCUCCAGGGGCCAGAGCAAGAAGCUGGGAGCGCUGGGCUUGAGUUUCCUCGUCUGCAAGUAGAAGAUGGCUGUGACGGAUCCUCACUGGCACAUGCUCUGAAAGAAGGGUGUAGACAGCAUCAGGUGAAUAUGUGAAUGGAUUUCUCGGUGAACGAAGGGGCAGUGCGCAGAGAUGCCCUCCAGCCACACUCCUCCAUGUCUGCCAGGCCUCUCUGCAACAAAGUCCAGCCUCAAGCUGCCGCUACCCAGUCCAUCUCCCUGGGCCUUCAUCCCAAACCCAUAGGGGCAUGUGGCCACACCCCUUUCUAGAGUGCUUGACCCUAGAAUUAGGUUAAUUAGGGAAAGGGUGCUGAAAAAAAAAAUCCAUCCCUGGGAAAACUCCCUGGCCCCUCCCCAGCACCGGGGCCUCCAGGGCUACAGAAAUGCUAGACACUGCGGGCAGGGGCAUCUGCAAAGGAGGAGGACUGUUUCCACUCAGGGUGAGAAAAAAAAAAUACAGCCUAGACAGUGUGGGCGGCGGGGAAUUAGUUGCUGGGGGCUGGCAACCCACGAACCCGUAGGAGCGAAGGCGAGAAGGACGUGUGCGAGGCUUUUAGGCUGGAGGCAGCUAGUGGGAGCCCAGGGAGAAUGGCCGCCCACGCUAGGAAGGGACUCCAGCCCGCUGGCACGAGGCUGCUGUGAUCCCCAGCCGGGCUCUGCUGUCUCAGCCCGCGCUGUUGUCUCCCAUCCACCGCCGGUGCUGUCACUGAAGCUGCUGAGACGCUACAGAAAGGAACUGACUGCUCAUCUCAGCCCGGCACACCCACUCUGCCCGAGCCCCUACCGGCGGCAGUGUGGGCUGAUCCAGCUCUGCCCAGGCGGGGCCGCUAUCCCAGCGUCUUGAGCCUGACCAACACUGGGACACAGGGACUCCUUUCGCUCAGGGGUCAGCCGGGUCACAGCAGGAGAGUGUCCACGAGCCCUCUCAGGCAAGUGCAGCUGCAGAAAUUUGGGGGUCGCUGGAGGGAUUGCUGAAAAAAGGGGGGAGAUGCUUAUCCUUCUCUGAACUCCUAGAGAAAGGAGGGUACCAGACAAGGAGCCAGGGACCUCUGAGCUUGGGAAAACAAAAGUGAAAAAAAGAAAAGGAUUAGAGAACAGGAGACACACCACAGACUAGCUGUCUUGGCUCCCCUACUCUACCCUGGUCCCUGCUGCUCUUAACAGUUAAAUCUACCCUAGAGCUUCCCUUGGCGCUCUGUACUUUCUCCAAUGCCCAAAGUGGGGGGAAAGCUGAGAGAAGCUGGCAGACAGCAACUCCAAAUCUGAGAAACAAGUGCCGCCCAGAAGACAGACUUCCCUGGCUUCUUGACCAGCGAUCCCUUUCCAUUUGUUUUACUAACGUUCACUGAGCCCUGAGAAGAGACAGGUACCCCAAGGUGGCAUGAAGUCCUGGACACAGGAAGCCCCAUGGCUAGGGGCACACCAUUUGCACAUGAAGGUAGCCCUGGGGGGAGCUAGCUGAGAACAAAGCUGACUUGGAGAUCAGCUUCCCAAGCCUGGUGAGCUCAGCCCCACCAGAGUAGAAUCAAGACGGCUACUUGGAGAAAUCUGGGUGGAGGGAGCUGGGAGCUGGGAGGCUCAGGAGGGUUUUAACAGAGAGAAGGAAUGGGGAGUGAGCAAGUCAAUUAGUGGGAUAAUGAUGAUGAUGAUGAUGAUGAUGAUAAUAAUAAUAAUAAUAAUAAUAAUAAUAAAAGAUGGACUGGAAAGAUUCUUGGCCGGAGGGUCUAAAAGGCCCCAAGAUGGGUUGCAAGUAUGUGGAGGAGAGCCUGAGGGUGAAUGAGGGUGCAGGACCAAGCCUGGGGCUUGAGCCUGUGGCCUUUGUGGGAAAAGGCAACACUGAAAAAAAAAAUCUAUAUACAGAGGCGGUGUUCCCAGGAAGCAGGGCUCUGAAGGCCUCAGAAGCAGAGACUAAGAGCUGAACAAUAUUCAUUAAGCUCAAUGACAAGGGGCCACUGCCGACACUAGUGAAUACAGAGGCAGGAGCAUGAUAGGACAGAAACCAGACUAGAGUGGAUACCCUUGGGAAGGAAGUAAAUUGUGGAGUGUGGACCAUUUGUUUAAGAAGCUGAAAGCUCUUGAUGGAUAGCUCAAGACCAUGGUUGGGUUGGAAUGAAGACGGGACGGGCAACAGUUCCCAGGAUGAGGGAUGGCCCACUGAGAAGCUCCCCUGUGGCAGGGAGGAGAGUUGUGGAGAUGCAGUUUGCCACUGUGGUCCAGCGGGCUUUCUUCUCCUCUCCCAGGCUUAAGAGUGUGGGCGAAGAGUUGAGAGGCAGGAAGCUGGCCUGAGACAGCGUCAAGCUUUGCUGGUCAGCACUGGCAGGACAAAUUGAUGAGACAAAAUUACGAAAGUAACUAAUGCAAAGUCGGUGUGGAUCACAGGCGGACACAGAAAGAAUCAGACAUGAGGACCAUGGCAUAGAGGUAGGGCUCUGGGAUCGCUUGCCAUCAAAAAACAGUUCCAGCAAGGGCAGUGUGAAGUCCUGGAACUGCAAUGGCCUCGGUGCAGACUCGGGAGACAUAGCCUAGAUUUUAGAAUGGGCUCUGCCUGUAUCACCACCACCUUUGUGACCUUGGGUAGUUAGUUUAACCUGAACCUGUAUUUUCUUAUUUGUCAAAAAAGGGAUGGUAAUAUGUUUACUUCUUAGGAUUGUCAUAGGAUUAAAUGAACUAAUGUAAAGGGUUUA